GAUAAAUGGUUAGGGGCGCGCAGUUGAGCGGUGGAGAUUGCGAGUAUCGAGAGCAGGCUUGAUCGCCUGCAGCUGCAGCCACCAUCUCCGCCGCGGUCUUCGCCCUCUCCUCAUGGCACUCUCUCUCCCUCCUCUCUCAUUCAGAACUUUCUUCUCCCUAUCCGAAUUUUCUUCUCCUUCUCCCGCUCUCAAUUCAUUCCCCCUUUUUAACCGGACAUCCAUUCCUUCUCAAUCUCAUGCCUCGUUUACCUUCCUUUCCAACUCUUACUUUUCCUCCUCCUCCUCUCCUUCUUCUAUGUCGACUGGCAGCCACUGCCGUUGCGCCUCUGAAGCUGGAGACCUAGGACUUUCCGAUUCCGACGACGAUGAUGAAUCCCCCCACAAUUUGCCUGACACAUGGCACGUCCUUGGCCUCGGCCAAGCUAUGGUGGACUUUUCGGGAAUGGUCGAUGACGAAUUUCUUAAUAGGCUCGGAUUAGGAAAGGGCACAAGGAAAGUGGUGAAUCAUGAAGAAAGAGGUAGAGUUUUACGGGCUAUGGAUGGAUGCACCUAUAAAGCUGCUGCUGGUGGCUCUCUCUCCAACACCUUGGUUGCUUUGGCAAGGCUUGGUGCUCAACCUAUUGGAGGACCUUCGCUAAAUGUUGCCAUGGCAGGCAGUGUUGGAAGUGAUCCCUUAGGUGGAUUCUACCGAUCAAAACUCCGGCGAGCAAAUGUAAAUUUCCUUUCAGCACCAGUGAAGGAUGGAACUACCGGUACAGUUAUUGUUCUCACAACUCCAGAUGCUCAGCGGACAAUGCUUGCUUACCAGGGCACGUCGUCAAGAGUAAAUUAUGAUUCAUGCUUGGCUAGCUUGAUGUCCAAAACAAGUAUAUUAGUUGUGGAAGGAUACUUAUUUGAAUUUCCUGACACAAUCAAAACAAUUUCUAUGGCAUGUGAGGAGGCCCGCAAAUGUGGUGCUCUUGUCGCCAUUACAGCGUCAGAUGUCACCUGCAUUGAAAGACAUUAUGAUGACUUCUGGGACAUCAUGGCAAAUUAUGCAGACAUAAUCUUUGCCAACAGCGAUGAAGCCAGGGCUUUUUGUCAUUUUUCCUCAAAAGAAAGCCCCAUCUCAGCAACUAGGUACCUGAGCCAUUUUGUCCCGUUUGUUUCCGUGACAGACGGUCCUAGAGGCUCUUAUGUUGGUGUGAAGGGAGAAUCUGUUUUCAUACCUCCAAACCCUUGCGUAGCACUGGACACUUGUGGGGCGGGAGAUGCCUAUGCAUCUGGCAUAUUAUAUGGUUUGUCACGUGGUGUAUCUGAUUUGAGAAGUAUUGGUACGUUAGCUUCGAAGGUUGCAUCUGUAGUUGUUGGACAGCAAGGAACUCGGCUAGGGAUAGAAGAUGCUGCUAAGUUGGCUGAGUCAUUCGCAUUCCAUUGCAAGAGCAAGAGCUCAGCUAGGUGGUCUGAUGUAGGUUCUGAUCAAAUUUCCAGCUUGUGAUCUUUUGCAUUUAGUGAAGGAAAAAUCUAUCCCAUGGCAAUUUGUUGAUCCAUUGAACAUUUUAAGCUGUUUAUAACCACUGUAUAUCUUGGAACUAGUAAUUAGUUAUGACAUUGCAUUAUUCUUCUGCUAUGAGAGAUAUGUAGUAGUUUAUCAACUAGCAUCAGAUAUGUAGCAGUCUAUUAAUUUCUUCA